AUGUUCUCGCUCAGUUGUAUCUUAAUUUUAUUGAUUGCCUUUGGUGCUAAUGGUCAAACAAAUGAUAUAAAUAAUAUAAAUUAUGAAAAAGGUUAUCCAUUUGGUAAACUUCGUCUUGCUGAAGAAGGACAUAAUGAAGAAUUAAUACCAUCACAUGACAUGGAAAUGCAAGAAUUAACACAAGACUUACCAGCAAGAGAUAUGCCAAUAUCAAAACAAGACUUACCAGAACAUAUUCAACCAUUACAAACACCAUGUGUUGGCGCUCGUCCAUUAACAAAACUCGCUUUUCCAAAAGAUAAAACUAAAUUUAUUCACUGUCGUGAUGAAUAUCAUUAUGAAAUUACCACAUGUCCAAAUCGUGGUGAAUUCAAUGAACAAACCAGUACUUGUGCAUAUGUUGCUCCUUUAAUUAAUAAAUGUGAACAAGAAAAACCAUGUUUAAAUGAUGGUCUUUGUCAAGUAGUAUCAAAUUCAACAUUUAAAUGUAAUUGUAAAAAAGAUUGGACUGGUGAUCGAUGUGAAACACCAUUAAAUUCAUGUGUCACAAAACCAUGUGGUGCAAGUGCUGAUUGUCGUUCAUUAAAAACAGCUGAUUAUGAACAAGAUUAUGUUUGUGUAUGUCAUGGUUUACGUGGUUAUGGUCUUAAUUGCCAAGAAAUUGUACCUAAUCCAUGUUUAACAACUACUGAACAAUUUUAUCCAUUCGCAUUCAGUCAACGUGCUUACAUUCAAUGUGAUGGUGAACUUAUCCAUUUUCAACCAUGUGGUGCAUCAUUAUUUUGGAAUCAAGAAGAUAAAUUUUGUGAUCGUAAACGACCACCAAAACCAAAACUACCAACAUUAGUACCUAAACCAGCUGCAGCUAUUAUUAAAGAAAUUCCACGAGAAGAAGAAGUAGAAGAAGAUUUUGAAGACGUACCAGUUGAAACAACAACAAUCGCACAAGUUGAACAAUCAUAUUCAUAUGGUCAAAAAGGAAAAGAUGAAAAAGAAACUCUUGGCUUCAUCCCAGCACGAGUAGCUAAUCGACAACAAUUAUUAUCAAACGUCGCUAAUCAACAAACUGGUCUUAACCAAAACUUACGUGAAAAAGAAUUAAACACUCAAGAUUUAUCAAAUCAAUUUUCACAAUCAGUCGAUACAACUCAAAUCCGUCAAGAUUUCGUAUCUAAACAAAAACAAUGGCCAACUCAAUCACUUGAAAUGAACUUAAGACAACCUAUUUCUAUUCAAUCAGGACGAGUUCAACAAUUACCACAAGAAAGAGAUAUAUCUAUUUAUUAUCAUGUUUUAUUUAUAGUUAGACAACAAUGGGUACCAACAACAACUACUACUACUACUACAGUCCGACCAGUAUUUGCUGAAUCUGAAAUUGAUGAAGAAGAAUUCGAAGAUGAAAGUCACUCACAAAACGUUCAACCACAACAAAACCAAGCUUUUGGUUCUAAACAAUGGUUAAAUCAUUUACCAGAUAUGAAAACACAAAAUAAUCAACGUUUUGUUUCACAAACUAUUCAAAAUCAACCAAUUGCUCUUGAACCAGUUGUACAAAACGGAAAUCGUGUAUCAGGAUUUUCUAAUCAAAAUAUUCGUGAACAAGAAAAUUCAUGGAAAACUAAACCACUUGGUCAAGUCAGUGCCAAUCAAGGAUUAUCAUCAAGCAGUUUCACAACACAAAACCUUGGUGCACCAACACAACAAUGGCAAGGAUCUGAAACUCUUCGAAAUCAACAACGACUUCCAGAACAAAACGUACAACCUUCCGUAGAAACUACAACUUUACCAAUUGUUAUCGUUUCACAAGGUUCCCAAAAUCAAAAUUCACGAGAAUUCGAAAAUACAUGGCAAAAUAGACCAGUUAAUCACCUUAUGGGCACUAAAUUAUCACAACCCGUUGGUUUCAAUUCACAAAACUUUGCCGCACAACCACAAACAUGGCAAAACACUCAAUCUCAACUUAAUCAACAACAAUUAUCAUCAAAAUUCCCUGAAGUAGCAUCAUCACUCGAAAAUAAAAAUCGUUUCAAUUCAGGUUUACAAUCAAAUAGCCAACAAUUAUGGCAAAACAAAAAUACCAAUCAACUUCGUCAAAACUUAAAUCAAGUAGAAGAAUUAGCUGAAUCACACGAAGUUCCAUCCAUUAGUGAACAAACACAUACUACUCAAUUCUUACCAAAUCAACGAACACAAACAACUGUUUCCGAAGUAACUACUGAUUUUAAUAACGGCCGAUUAUCAAAACCAAUCGUAUUACCACUCAAACAAGAAACCCAACGUUUCGUUGCACAACCACAAUCAUGGCAAAACAAAAAUACCAAUCAACUUCGUCAAAACUUAAAUCAAGUAGAAGAAUUAGCCGAAUCUCACGAAGUUCCAUCUAUUAGUGAACAAACACAUACUACUCAAUUCUUACCAAAUCAACGAACACAAACAACUGUUUCCGAAGUAACUACUGAUUUUAAUAAUGGUCGAUUAUCAAAACCAACUGUAUUACCACUCAAACAAGAAACUGAAACCUUCGGUAAUCAACAACGAUUCAAUCGAGUACAAGAAGGAAAAGAACAAAACACUCAACGUUUCGUUGGACAACCACAAUCAUGGCAAACUUCAGAAACUGUUCGAAGUCAACCAAUGUUUUUAAAUCAAAAUCAACAAUCAUCUUUUGAAACAUCUGACUCCGGAUCAAACACAGUUCGCUCACAAGGUAUUCGAGUUCCACAAGAACAAGAACAUUCAUGGCAAAGUCAACCAAUUAAAUCUCAAACAGAUACAAUGCUUGUUUUUAAACCAACUUCAUGGACUCAAACACCAAAACAAGAAGCAACAUUUAAACCACAAAGCUGGACACAAAAUCAACCAACAACAUUCACUGAAGAAUCUUCACAAUUCGGUUUAAAUCAACCACAAAAAGGUUUACCAGUUCAAACCUCACCAUCAUGGUCAAAUAACCAACAAAUGCAAAAAACUCAAUUCACAGAUGUCGAUGAAUCAAAAAUGCAAACUACUUCAGAUUUUGCUGCUCGCCCAGUAGGAAGUUCUUUACCACAAAAUUUACGUGAACGACAAACAUCUCGAACAGGCGAACGGAUUCCACAAGAGAGUAAUACUGUUGUAGUACAACAAACAACAGAACGAAAAACUAUUGAAACAAUGCCAACACAACAUUCAGCAUCAUGGCAAACACGCCAAUAA